AUGGGAUUCAUCUCGUGGAGGUUGAGAGUGCUUUUGCAGCUUUGCCGUACGACUAACCGAAAAAUCAUGACGCCGACUGCUUGGUGGGCACCCGAUGGUCUACAUCUGACACCACUCGCUCUUUCCCGCCUCCAUGGUUCUCUCCCACACCUCACUUCAACAGCCCCAUACCCCCCCCCCCCCCCUUGCACGGGUACGGUACGGCGUUAUUUGUCUCGCUCGGAAAUUUUCCAGGA